AUGGGACAAACAGUUGAGAGUCCGAUUUCUUCUUCGAAGUGUUUCAUCAAACUUUCAUUGCUCUGUGUUGCAGCCUUUGUCCCUUCUCUAAUCUUUAUUUGUUUCCUAACUUAUGGAUUCUCUCCUUUCCUUAUAUCAAUCUCUAUUUUGCUUGUAUCGACCACCCUUAUUCUCACAUUCUCAAAGAUAAAGAUGAUUACUCUUGGGAAUCCAACACGUGAUGAUGAAGUUUCCAUGUGUAGUCCUAAGAACCUACUUGUAAAGGAAGGUGAACAGAUGCUAAAUCCAGAAGUGGAAGCUGUUACUCAAUGCAAUGGUGCCCAGCAAAAUGAAGUUACUGACAACCAUGGGUAUCAAGUUGAACCAACAGAUUUCACUUCAGCUAGUGAAAGUGGUGAUGAUUUCUCAGAAAGUGAAAAUUUUAGGCUUAAUUGGUUGUCUUUCAAUAAUAUGGGUAAAAAUGUAGCAAUCUCUGAAAGUUCAUUCUCUUCUGAUAAUAAUGAGGAUGAAGAUAAUCUCAUUGAAAUAAGCUUUCCGGAUAAUAUUUCUGUUGAGUUGAAUGAAGAGUUGGAGGAAAAACUGCAGACAGAGUUCUUACCUGAAUCCAUUUUCAGGCAAGACGGUCUAAUGGAGCUAUUGGCAGAUAUUAAUGAGGUGAAUGAGGAGGAUAACUUGAUUGAGAUUGACCUUUUCAUGGGCUCCAUAAAGGGUUGAAGCUUAGAGAUUGAAGCAUGUUCCUGCCAAUCUAGUACAGGUCAAAUCGUUAUAGUUUUUCUUCUUCUGUAACAAAGGUUGAUGCUAGGGUUUAGCUUUAAGAUAACAUGUUCUACCAUGUGUUGUGAUGCUCGAGUGUGAAGCUUCUGCAAUAUCAUUAACUGGACUUAUGUUACAAUGUUUGA